CACAAAAAUUGAAAUUAGUUGUCGUUUGCCUAAAUGUCUGUCGAUCGACAAAUUGUUGAUGAUCAAUAUCAAUUAGUUGAUUUGAGAAAAGUUUGUUGAUCGUUCGGUGCGGAACGAGUUGAUAGAUGGAUAUGCGGGGAGUAAGUAUUGAAGUUCUGACAAUUUGGAUUUAUAAAAUUUUGAUUGUCACCACAAAAAUUGAAAUUUGUUGUCAUUUUUGGAUGAUUGUUUGUUGAUUGUCAAAUUGUUGUUGAUCAAUAAUAGUUGAUUUGCGAAAAAGACAUCAUGAACAUGUAUUUGAUCUCAAUUUUCUAUGUCCCCAUUGUUGCCUGUUGUACCGAGUAAAUUAACAUUCGAACUACAAUCACCAUUGCUACUUUUGUUGGUUUGAUCUUGGUUCUUCAUUUUGAAUGAAUUUAAAUAAAUAAAAAUAAUUUUCAGUUAACAUACGUUGACAGCUGAUUUUAAAAUUGCAAGUAUCCGAUGAGCAGUCGGAUGAAACAAAAUGAACUCCGUCUCCUAUUGACUUUUUUAUAUAGACUUGUUGCUGCUUUGACACGAAGUUCCUUCCUUCCUUUGUUACGUAACUGAUUGGUCGCAUGAUCCGAUGAAUUCUUUGAUGUCAGCUUACUUACGAAAAGUGAUUGAUGUCAGUGAAGUCAGUGCUGACUCUGUUCACGAUAAAAAUGAAGUAAAACCAGAUGAAUUGAUUAAAGAUAUCUUCGGUUCCUCUGAUGAAGACGACGAGCCGGAAAGUGUUUCAAGGCAAGCGAAAAGUUCUCUGACGAAAAAGUACAACACCAAGAGUUGCCAGCUGAAAAUGAGGAAAGAGUUAACAAAGAGGAAUAGAAAAUACGACAUGACCACAGGGAUUGGGACUCGAGAUCCCAUACCGCUCCCUCUUAAAGCAUCGGCACAACAACGAAUUCCGGUAGCACAUGGCCUUGAAAGGAGCCACGCCAGGGCCUGCCAACUACUCCAUGGUCAAGCCGGGCGUGUACGAUCCAGGGUCAAACGGCACAAAAGCAGUACAUCUCCGUCAGGGACAACCCCGGACCCAACACGUACGAUCCGCAGAACGCCUACAAACAUCUCACGAAGAAGAAUGGAUUUACCAUGUGAAUCAAAUACUCAAAAUACGUCAUGCCUCUUAUCGACAUUACAAUUGUGUGUAAAACAAAUGCUGAUUUUCACUCUAUUUGCAUACAGUUUGGUCUUGUUAUCUUUUGACUGUUGUUUUAUUUGGUCUGCCAGCUUCAAUGAAAACUUGAAAUUCACUUGAAAUACUCCGGUGGCGUAUUUAACGUUGCAGUAAUUAAGUUUUUAUUUCACGCCAUUAAAACUUGAAAGAUAAUCAAACGUCAGACCUGCGCCUGUUAUAAAACUGUGUAAGCUAACUUUCAUUAUUUAUUCACGUUUGUUAUAAACCAUUUAUUCAAAUUCGAAAAAAAUCGGUUAUUAU